AUGUCUGUUCACGUUGGUGGAUUCUGGUUUCCUGCCGACGCCGUCCAUCAUCUGCUCAUGAAAGCCUAUGGCCUGGCCAACGUCACCCCCCAGGACGCCCCCUUCGCCGCAACACUUUACUUCCACGACAACGACGACCUCAAUUGCCCCAGUCUCAUUGAGCAUCACGUCCGGGACGGAUCUGGCAAACCUGUCCAAGGACACGUCCUUGUGUGUCGUUUGGCGUUCGUCGACGAUGGACUCGAGGUACCAGAUCUCUCCCUCGAUCAGAGUGCGAUGGCAUGCGCCGACUACUGGUUCCCGCCGUGGUUGCGCGAACUUGAAGUCUUCAAAGACGUUCGGUACAUUCAGUACGAGUAUACCGGAUACAUUACUAUUCCAAUCAUUUAUUGGAAAGAGAAGGAGUAUGACAUGGCGCCUCAGCAGAAUCGAUAUCCAACUAUACCCAAAUGGCUCCGGAAGCGUCAGGAGCGGGGUCGCACUUUCGCCUACAUGCCUCCUGGUGUUCCCGCCUUGUAUGUCUACGACGACGACGAUAGCGCCAACACUACUGACUCGGAUUCAACCCAAUCAUCUCAAGUAACUCCCUCACCUUGGACAAGCGUCCAGCAUCCGCGUCGCCGUGUCGGCCGUACGUCCAACUAG